CCUCUGACUUCCUGAAGUGAACAGUGCCUCAACAUGUAGGGAUUUAAACACAGGAUAGCCUUGUAGAUUUCAAAUCUUGGACCCGACAGGUCAGGGACGAUUUCCCUACAACUAAGAGAAAUUUGCAUGUGGCUGGCCUCAAUCAUGUUCCCGUGGCAAUUCCUGACAUUUCUCUUGGCACUAAGUGCAGAUAUGUGCAAAGCUAAGGAAUGUGCCGACUUCGUAGAUUUAGAACUGGCUCACGCGAUCAUCGGGACCACCCUCAAGAUAAGGUUGCUGCUUUUCACCAGGGACACAAUACACUGCGGCUCAUUUCUGUCUCACGUCAACUUCUCGGCCGACCCUCACUUCAACCUGUCUCGGCCCACGACCUUCGUCAUCCACGGGUACCGGCCCACGGGCUCUCCCCCCGUGUGGGCUCACCAAAUCACGGAGCUGCUUUUGGCCAGAAAAGACAUGAACGUCAUAUUGGUGGACUGGAACCACGGUGCGGCGAAUGUGAAUUAUUUCAAAGCUGUGGAGAACACGCACCAAGCCGGAGAAAACCUCACUGGCUUUCUUAAACUGAUGAAGGAGCACGGUGCCUCUCUGAGUGACAUCCACAUGAUAGGAGUCAGUCUCGGCGCUCACAUAUCUGGUUUUGUGGGCGCAAACUUCAACGGCGCAAUCGGAAGAAUUACAGCGCUGGAUCCCGCGGGGCCCCAGUUCACUGGAACGCCCCCAGAGGACCGUCUGGAUCCCACAGACGCCCAGUUUGUAGAUGCCCUGCACACAGACAUAGAUGCCUUUGGCUACAGAGGGGCUCUCGGCCACAUUGAUUUUUACGCCAAUGGAGGAACAGAUCAGCCCGGUUGCCCCAAAACCAUCUUUUCAGGAACCGCUUACUUUAAAUGUGACCAUCAGAGAUCAGUUUACCUCUACUGUGAGUCCUUGAAUCUCACUUGCACCAGCAGGGCCUUCCCAUGCAGCUCUUUCAAGGACUUCCAGGAUGGCAAAUGCACAAGCUGUGAGCAGUUCGGUGACGCCGGAUGCCCUGUUCUUGGAUACGACAUCGACAAGUGGAAGCACGUUUUGUUGAAGCUGGGCCAAUCCAAAAAUUAUUUCGUCACAAAUGAAAAGGCUCCAUUCUGCAUGGUGAAUUACAAACUGGAUGUGGUGGUUUGGAAUGAGGAGGAUCACUGGGGCUAUAUCACGGUGAAACUCCAUGGCAAUGGGACAGACGCUGUGGCAAAGAUCGACCAUAGAGCAACCCAGUUCAAGAAGUUCACAGAGACCAAGUUGUUCGCCCAGUUUGACACCGACCUCCAGGCAGUGACCAAGAUGUCUCUCAUGUUCUCCACGGGGAAUGUUUUUAAACCCAAAUACAAACUGCGUGUUCUCCGGAUCCGUCUCACACAUCUGGAACGCUACGACAGGUACAGUCACCUGACAUUUAUGAUACCUCGCCCUUCUGACCUUUGUUUACGUGUGCAUCACAGGCCUCUGUGUCGAUACGACCUGGUCCUGGAGGAGAGCAAAGAGGUCUCCUUCGCCCCACUUCCCUGCCAAGAGUCCAACUUCUGAGGCGAGAUCACAUGGCAAACUUGCACCGCUCGGUCUGAAAUUGGCCACAUACACACAAUGUGCCACAUCGAAUGUACUGUCUGCCGUUUCCGAUUAUCUGAUGCCACUGAAAAUUAGGUUAGUUCUCAAUCAGAUAGAUU